AAGGGAAGGGAAGGGAAGGGAAGGGAAAGGAAAGCGGCGGUCCGGUCGGGAAAAGCGGGAGCCGGGAGGCAUGGGCAAAGGCGGGGAGCAGGGCGGCGAGCAGGGGGAGCUGCAGGCGCCCGUGCCCACCUUCAGCUGGGAGGAGAUCCACAAGCACGACCAGCGCGCCGACAGGUGGCUGGUCAUCGACCGCAAGGUCUACAACGUCAGCCAGUGGUCCAAGAAGCACCCGGGGGGCUUUCGCCUCCUCGGACACUACGCCGGGGAGGAUGCCACGGAUGCUUUCCGCGCCUUCCACCUGGACCUCAACUAUGUCAGGAAGUUCCUCAAGCCUCUGCUGAUCGGGGAGCUCGCCCCAGGGGAGCCCAGCCAGGACCGAGGCAAAAGUACCCAAAUCACGCAAGAUUUCCGCGCCCUGAGACAGACGGCGGAGGACAUGAACCUCUUCAAGGCCAACCACCUGUUCUACUUCCUUCACCUGGGACACAUCUUCGCCAUGGAGGGGCUGGCGUGGCUCACCGUCUCCUACUUUGGCACCGGCUGGAUUUCCACCAUCCUCACGGCUUUCAUCUUGGCGACCUCCCAGGCUCAGGCUGGAUGGCUACAGCAUGACUACGGACACCUCUCCGUCUACAAGAAGUCCUCGUGGAACCACAUAGUCCACAAAUUUGUGAUUGGCCACCUGAAGGGCGCCUCCGCCAACUGGUGGAACCACCGCCAUUUCCAGCACCACGCGAAGCCCAACAUCUUCCAGAAGGAUCCAGAUGUGAACAUGCUGCACGUGUUUGUCCUGGGCGACUGGCAACCGAUCGAGUAUGGCAAGAAGAAGUUGAAGUACCUGCCCUACAACCACCAGCAUCAGUACUUUUUCUUGAUCGGGCCGCCGCUGCUCAUCCCAAUGUACUUCCAGAUGCAGAUCAUCAUGACCAUGAUCGUCCGCAAGGACUGGGUGGACUUGGCCUGGGCUAUCAGCUAUUACACCCGUUUCUUCAUCACUUACAUCCCUUUCUUUGGGGUCCUGGGAGCUCUGCUUCUCCUCAACUUUAUCAGGUUCCUCGAGAGCCACUGGUUCGUGUGGGUCACCCAGAUGAAUCACAUCCCCAUGGAGAUCGAUCGCGAGAAACACCGAGAUUGGCUCUCGUCUCAGCUGGCGGCCACCUGUAACGUGGAACAGUCCUUCUUCAAUGACUGGUUCAGUGGGCACCUCAACUUCCAGAUCGAGCACCACCUCUUUCCCACGAUGCCUCGGCACAAUUACCACAAGAUCGCCCCGCUGGUGAAGUCUCUGUGCGCCAAGCACGGCGUCCCGUAUCAAGAGAAGUCCCUGCUGCGGGCGCUGCUGGACAUUGUUGGGUCCCUGAAGAAGUCUGGAGACCUUUGGCUGGAUGCUUAUCUCCACAAAUGAAGCCACCUCCGGGGGGACGUGACGGGAGGGGAGAGAAGGGAGAAGUGCCGAACGACUGUCUGAUUUCUGUCCUGGUGCUGUGUCUGUGUGUACGUUUGCUGUUUGAAGAGUUUCCUGGGCUGGUCCAUCCAUGCAAAGAGCCGGUCGACCCGCAGUUUGUCCCGGGGACCGAGGCCCAGCGCCUACUACCCAGCUACUCCGUCAGCUGAGCCCGCUGACUCUUUCCUGGGUGUUGGUGGGUAGGGCGAGGGGUGAAACGGGGGAAGACUGCCUGCACCCAGCGUCCCACCAGCCCAGAUCCAGCAACUCGGGCCCGACCCUGGCCUCCUCUUCCUUCCACCCUGUGUGUUGGCCCCUGAACUUCACUGGACUUGCCGCCCUCUGGAGCUCGGGACCACCUCUCCACCAGCCCUGGUGUUUCCUGCCCCAAGGGGCAGCUGGAGAAGUGGCCCUUCCAGGUUGGUGGCGGGGAGGAGGGUCCACUAGCCAGCCCUCUCUCUCUCAGCGGUCCCCAGAGAAGGCAGUCUCCCCCGCCCCAGAUUCCUGUCACCUUUGGAAGGGGAAGUGGGAAGGCAGAGGAGGAAGCAGCAGCCCAUCUCUAAGAACUCCCAGCCUCCACUGCUGCUCCCUACCCUUCCCCUCUGCCUAAUCCCCGUAUUUCACCAAUUCGUACUUGCUCCCCCGGUCCUCCAGACCGGCAUUUUGGCUCCGAAACUGUGCGGGCAGGUUCCAAAUGAGAUGAGACGCUUUGCCAUUCUGUCCCAUCCUGGGCCCUCUCGGCUCUUCUUUGCCACCUGCACCCCUCUGAACGGCUCCCUACCUGCCAGGGGUUUGUUCUGAGUCUUAGUUGGUUCUUGGAGCCGGCCCUCUUCUGAGGAGAGAUUCCCUCAGAGAGGAAGCCAGACAGCAUCAAGGGGUUAGCAUCCGCUUUCGAAACGGCCCACGGCCUGUCCCCUGGGCAAGGGAGACCGAGUGGUUUUGAAUAGUCAGUCUCUUCAGGAACCUGUUCCUCUAGAGUUCAUCUUGCCCUUCUCCUACUCUUUUCUACUUCCCGCCUCUUUUUUUCCCUAGUCUCCACCCAAGCCUCUGUAGGCUUUGCCUCACCCCUUUGUGGCCACUCUCUAACCCCGGGGAAACUCUCAGAAUUGCCGGGGGCUCAAGAGGGCUGCUCUCUGAAGUCUACUACUUGCGACUACUGCUGGCAUACCUGGACCAAAUUCCAACUAGAGGCAUUUUUAGCUUAGGGCUGCCUGACCCCAGUCCCAGAAGGACAGCCCUCCUCCGCUUCAGUGGCCCUAAAGAAACCUCAAAACCCCACUCCCUCUCAUCUUCUCCCUUCUCCCCCUCAUCUUCUUUCCUCUCUGAUCUCGGCUGCGUUGGCUGGCUCGUGGGCACAGGGUUGAGGAACCCUCGGAGAAGUCUCAGUUCGGAUAACUCAGAUUUUGCCAUUGGGUGGAGGUGGAAAAAUGGGACUGGAGAUUUCAACCAGGCCUGGAGGAUGGACGUCUCCUUUGAAGAUCCAAUUCUCUCUCCCUAGAGGACAACUGGGUAUGUGGAGCCAGGUUGUCCCUGAAACCACGGUCCCUAGCCAGUGUGCUGGGCUGGCUUCAGGGCUGAAUCAGCUGCCUGGGCUUGGGGCUUUUUCCCUGAGAGAAUUCCAGGUCCCAGCUGGCUGCAGGAGAAACCGGGGGUGUGAAUAGCGGGAAGAGAGACCAAGCCCGCCUGGCCCCUGAGUCCUAGUUGCAAGGGGUAAAUAGAGCAAUAUUUAAUCUCGAUGUCCUGUAGCUGAGUCCGAUCAGAAUGUCCCCUUGGCACCGUGGGGCUGCCGGUGGCGGGGAGGGCCCUGUGCUCUUAGGAACUAUCCUGUCAGUGGGGUCCCCUCAAAGCGAUUGAAGGUGGGGGGAGGCGACGUGUGGAGCUGCGGCUCACCCAGACAGCAGAGCAUCUUGCACAGGGCAGGGGAGAGGCUGAAAAGCAGGGAAUAGGUGUUAGAAACAGAUGGAGUCUGAGGGGAGUGAGGAGGAUGGAGACAGAGGGACCCGAGAAAGUGAAUUGAGAGCCACAGGGAUGUGGAGGAGGAGGAGGAGGAGGACCAGAGGGAGAGUCCUAAGGUCAAGAUCCAGGCCGGGGGGAGAGAGAAAAUAGGCAAGAGCAGCCGCUGACGGAAGUGGGGGAAGGAAGAAAUCCAGGAUUGGCUGGCUAGCCCCGGGGGUCUUCCCUCCCAGUCUCUGCUGGGUUGAGGUGCCUUCCGCACCCCACAAAGCCCGAGGGAAUUAGAGUCUGUGUUUCUAACUCACUAACAAGCUCGCUGGAUUCCAGGGUUUAGAAGAUGAAGAGAAAGCCCCCGGGAUUGUCAGUGACCUCCUGCUCCAAUCUCCCCAGUAUUUCCGUGGCAGUAAGAUGCCCGGCCACCCGCUCUCUGAGAACCCCAUUUCUGCAACCCCCUACAAGCACCAGACCCCUCCGUCCAUCCCCUCCUUCCCAGUUGGAGUGAAGGCGGUCCUUCUUUCGCCCCCAGAUCAACUCCCUCCCUGAGACUGAACCCGCAGGGAAUAGAUCAUGAUUUUAUCACUUUGGAUUGUUUUUCAAAUAUUUUGGAAAUAAAAGAAGCUAUUUUUUUCUGGUGUAUUUGAUGCUCAAUAAAAUCAUAACCUUUUGUGGAAUGGAAA